ACUAACUUGCAAUUUGUGAGCAUCGCAGUUCCAUUAAAAUGCAGAACUCCUGCAACUGGCAUUUUCAGCCUGUUAGCAACAUGCAAAGUGAAUGCUGAUGUCGUGUGCAAAGAUUUUAACAUUCGAUUUCGGAAGAAUGAACAAAGUCUUAAAAUUCAUAUGGAAAUGGACAGUAAGGCUGACGUUCUUGUUCCCCUUGCUCAACUAAGUCACAUUAAAUAUCUCCAAAUAUCAGGAAUUACUCAACCAGGAUCCUUAAAUGCGCUAUUUGAAGGUUUUGCCAGCAGUAACUUAAAUGCAAUUGAAGAAUUGGAUAUUCAAUCGAGUGCAGUUCAUUUUAAAUAUAUAUCCAAAUUGGCAGAAAUUCAAACCAUCAAAAAACUAAAGCUCUCACUAAUAGAUCCCACUGGCAUUGAGAUAUUGGCCUCCUUGAAUAAUCUGGAGGAGUUGACAAUAAGCACCGAUGGAGCAGGAAAUCUUUGUCACGCUUUUGCAGAACUGGCUUCGAAAAAUAAAAUUCAGUUCUUAAAAAUACUAAAAAAACCCCUUUCACCUGAAGAGGUUAUAAAGGUUUCCAAAAUAAGUUCACUGAAAACGCUGGAGUGCAGUUUUUUCAUAACAGAAGACCCAGUAUCCUUGACUGAACUGGCUAAUUCUCGAAUUGAAAACUUAAUAGUUCACGUAUUUGAUCCGAACUAUAUUGUCCAGAAGCUGUUUUCUGAAUUUUCAUUAAGCACUACACUUCCGAUGAAGUCCCUACAGAGUCUGCUUUCUGCUUUUUCAUUAAGUAGUACAACCAGACUUCAAACUCUAAAUGUAACGGGAAAAGCUCUUAGCAAAAUGGAAGUGAGGGAAAUUUCGAAAAUAAAGGAUCUGAGAAGUUUGAGUGCCGGAUUCCUUCAUUCAAAAUGUUUGAAAUUGCUAAAACGGCUACCUCGCCUAGAGCAUCUCGUUGUUGAUUACUUCCAACAAACAAAAAAAAAUUCCCUAAAGUUCUUACCACCUACCCUUCAGAAAUUAGAAUUAAAUUACAGCAUUGGCCCCAGCGCAUGUAAACAUUUGGCUAAGCUGGGAUCGUUGGAGUCCCUAAAAUGCUCACUUCUUGAUUGUCCGGGUAUACAAUUAUUGGCAGAUAUAAAAAUUCUCAAGGAAUUGGUUAUCCAUAGCGCCAGUGGAUUGCUUAAUGGAUUGUUUAUGGCAUUUGCCAACAAAAGUGGAUCAACGUUACAAGAGCUGCAGACACCAAAUUUAAAAGAAGAAGUGGAGUUCUGUGAGAUAUCACGUAUUGAAACAUUAAAAUCAUUAAACAUUUCCUACAACUCGUGCUUCCAUAAAUUAGAAGUCCUAAGCCAACUAAAAGAGCUCAAAUCAUUGCGUAUAGCUGAUAAUUUCUCAAGAGAAUCAACACACAACAAUAAGUAUUUACCGAUUUUCCAAUCUUGUCAAAAGCUCGAUUGCGUGACAAUUGAAAUUAGUAACAGUGUGGCCAAAGACUUGGUAAAAGAGAUUUACUUUGUUUUAAAGUCAGUAAGGGAUCCCAUAACCCAGAGACCUUUGGAACUUCAUAUGUUUGAGGACACAUGUUUCCCCAGUUUUUAUGUGGAAGACAUAGAUGAGGCUUACCUUAAGGUUUUCCAUACCUACAACCAGCGAACAACGGACACCGGUUUCCAACAAUCGCAAGAUAUAAGGGCCGCACAGUUUGCUAGACUUCAAAACCUACUAGGAUUUUAAAGUUGAAAAAACC